GGUUGUCAAAGUUGGCUAACGGCACGCUAAGCUAUCAGCCACAGUAGCGUUCCCUAAAAAAAUACAAAAAAAUGUCAGAUACAGAAGACAACACCGAGAUGAGCAUUCCGUGUGUGCUUGUAACUAGCUGUGAUAGUGGGUUUAAAGAAGAAGAGCUGAUAAAACAGAUCCUCAGUACUCAAACUUUGCCCGAGCCGACCAAGCGAGAGGAAACGGUAGUGUGGUAUCCUUGGACGAUCAACAACAAAUACUAUACAGCAGAUGUCAGGUUAUGCGUUGUACCCAGCACUUUCCAAAUGUCAUCAGAGAUUGCCCAGUCCAUGCAGGCUUUCAUAGCCUAUUUUGACAGCACAGUGAAGGAUGGACUGGAAAAGCUACAACCGUGGAUAUCAGUGGUAGAAGAUCUAGCUCCAGAGGUUCUCAUUCUGGUGUGUGACAGAGUCUGUGAAAAUGGGGUCACCAGGCACGAAGCACAACAGUGGUGUUUGGCUCAUGCAUUUGAGCUUGUGGAGAUCAAUCCACAGGAGCUGCCAGAUGAGGAUGAUGACUUUCCAGAAUCCACAGGAGUAAAGAGAAUUGUCCAGGCUCUCAAUGCUAACGUGUGGUCCAGUGUGGAGAUGAAGGAUGGGCACAAUCAGGGAUUUGGUCUGAUGAGCAGCUUAGUGGCCUCCAGACACAACAACCCACGCAGUUGCCAAGAUUCACCAUCUUCCAGCUUGCCAGAAGAGGGCACACUUGUUAAUGAGGAGGCCAACCAUACACAAAGUAGUACAAACGCAGAAACACAGGAGGACACAGUAGUUGAUGCAAUGACUGAUUUGGACAUUCAGGAGCUUGCCAAUCUCACAGCUGGAGAUGCAGAUGUGGAUAACUUUGAGCGGCUCUUCACAAAAUUAAAGGAGAUGAAAGACAAAGCUUCUUCGUUACCUCAUGAGCAGAGAAAAGUUCAUGCAGAAAAGGUGGCAAAAGCGUUUUGGAUGGCCAUCGGUGGUGAUGAAGAUGAGAUAGAUGGGUUAUCAUCGGGCGAGGAAAGCUAAAAGUAGCUGCCUGUGACUCACGUCUCUUUUCUCCUGAUCCUCCUGUCUUUCCCGGGGCUCCCGCAAGAUUCAGCGCCCUUUGACGUCCUGCUUGGGCUUGGAAAGUGGAGAUGCUUACAGAUGGUACUGUGGGCAUAGUCAUAUUUAGAAACUUUUAAUACUUAGAAUGAAAUGAUUGGUGUAUCAUGAAAAACAGAAGGCUAUCCUGAAUAGAAGAGAAGCCAAUGAGUGGCCCUAAACCUCAGCCUACUCCCCUGGGGGCCCCACUAUGCUUUAGCCCCGAGUGAAACUCAACACAUGAUGGUGUUGCAGGCGGAAAAAAACAUGAAAUGAAAUUAUGUGGGCUUUGAUUUUAUGUAUUUGUCUACAGGUACACAUUAUAAAGCUACAUAAUGUGCCUUAUUCUUAGAGUUGUGAGAGAUUUAAUGUGUAUUCAGAUAAAUCAACAUAAAUACUUGUGAUUUUUUUUUUUUCUUUCUGCUCUUCAGUGAGUGUGGCUAGGUUAUUGUGAACACUGUCACACUACUUGGGUGCAUACUGCCAACUCAUUCAGAUCAAAAAAGAAAAUAGGAAUACAUACCUGUUACACUGGAAUACCUCUGCAAUAAAUAAAAUGAGCUGUCCAGA